AGGACCAAGAACGAGUAAAACUAGGGGGCGCUAGAAUUCCAAGAUUUGCGGGUGCGCAACACUAUUAAUAACUCGUCUUGAACCAAUUAAACGCACGAACAAGCUUUCUGAGGAAAAUAAAGCGGAUGAUUUUGAGGGACGGGCUCAGGGGAUGCGAACGAAUGAAUCAUUUGCAGCGGGCCGAUCACGAAAUACUUCUUGAAUAGCCCGGUGUUCGGGUUCGUGGUAGCGCGAUCGAUAUGGCGUACCGGUUACGAAACCGGCGCGGUGUAGGAGCGAACAAAUGCGGUGAGAUUUAAAUACAUGUAUCAGUUAUCAUGUUUAGCAGCAUCAUAUUGCUCUCAAAUUUUCUGAGCAAUGGGGAUCGGAUUAUGACAACAUUGCUGAAGAGAUAGCCAGGAGCCCUCAGUACAUAGAAGCAGUAGGGCCUACUGCAGCAAUACUACACGCUUUGUGUGCGACAACUACUCAAGAAAGAGUAAACAAUGUGUACACUGAUCUUAAUUGGGCAAAACUUGAAGACAGACGGGUAAUAAACCAGCUCACCUAUCUGUGCAAAACAAUCGACACUGAAGUACCCAUCAGACUAGAUCCCUGUUUGCUAAAAAAAGAUAACUAGAUCGCGCAGAGGAAAUUUCUCUGAAAUUGUAGCCAAAACCAACCACUAAUGCUAUAGCCUAUGAAAUCAUUCUACAAAGAACUGUUCAAAAAUGGAACAGCCUCCCACAGGAAAUUUCAAAUUAGGCCUAAGCCAUCUUCAAAGGCUCUAGUCUUAGUGAGACUUCCAAGACUUUCAAGAGGACAACUGCCAAGUACCAAAGUACAUAUUUGUAAGUAUAAACUGGGUGAUCGAACACUUCCACUUCCACCCACAUGCCCAUGACAACGGUCCGCCAUUGCAGGGUUCCCUUGCCGAUCACAGGGCACGCCAAGAACCCAGGCUUUGAGUAGAUGGUACUGUCAUUACCGUUAAGAGCUCAAAUUCGUCAGGGUGUUGGGUUACAGUCGGUCUUGUGCAUGUCUAUGUGUGCACGUACAUGUACAGUACAUGUACAUUUACAUGUACAUGUAACACAGCACAAGGCACGGAUACAACACAUGUCACCAGGUUAUCACUGGUGAUCCCAGCACUGCCUCUUGUCAUCAGGGGUCGACUGUACUAAUAUGACAAGAUCAAGGCUGAAGAGAAAAGGCCAGUCUGGCAAGAAGAUAUGACACAGUGCAUGCGGUUAGUCCCGUGCAUUCUGGAAAAAGGGGCAGUUGGUGCGUUUGUGGAGCUCAGAGAGUGUCGAGGCAAAACGUUAACCGUUAGGCCGACUGAUUGACUUUUGGUUGCUGAAGACCCAACAAAAUAUGAAGCUCGAAGAAAUCGCUGCCCUGCUCGGCAAUUUUGGCCGGUAUCAAAUCUUGUUGAUCGUGUACGCGUCCAUUCUAAGCUGCAUGGGCUGUUGGGUGACUUUCAGCCAUGUGUUUUUCGCGGCCGGGACCGACCACUGGUGCUCAGUCUUACCCCGCGAGAACUGCUCUGGGUGGCCGGGGUUCCAAGACAACUGCACCGAGCUCAAGAAGGCCAUAUUCCUUCCUCCUUCCGAGGACGAGUCAAGUAUAUAUCCCUACUCCAACUGCAAGCAGUGGGACUUGCUGGAGGGGUACGUAUUUGAUCCUUACGCCCCACUCGCUGACGUCGACAAUUUCACUUACUCUGCCGUGCCCUGUAAUAGUGGAUGGGUAUACGACACGUCGCAGUACAAGACAACAGUAAACUCAGAGUUUGACCUUGUGUGCGAGGACAAAGAUUUACCCAGCUUCAGUCAGUCGAUCUACUUCGUGGGCUUUCUGGUGUCCUCUGUCAUUGUAGGAACACUCUCAGACUGGAUUGGUCGCAAGACAGCUCUAUCGGUCUCCUUGCUACUCUGGGUGGUCGGUUUCAUAGUCACUACCUUUUCGGUCAAUAUCUAUAUGUAUAUGGCGUGCCGUUUUCUGUCUGGAUUUGGUGAAUAUGGCGCCUGGCUUUCCUGUUUUGUCUUGGCGAUUGAAAACGUUCCCAAGUCUCGGCGCACAGCUGUAACCAUGCUGUUUGGCAUAACCUACGCCGUUGGGUAUUUCUUCCUGGCAACAGCGGCCAUGUUCGUCAGAGAGUGGCGCCCUCUUUGUCUGAUUAUGUCCCUCGCGACGAUUCCAGUGUUGUUGCCGUUGCCAUUCGUGCAAGAAUCUAUCAGUUGGCUGGUGUCCAAGGGCAAGCUGGAGGAAGCUGACGCAGUUAUCAGGAGAGUGGCCAAGUUUAAUAAGAAGACCGUGCCGGAUGUUCUGUUCGAUAAAGAGGAUGAUCAAAACGAAAUGGAAUCGAGAGAGUCGGCAAUACCUCCGUCCCUCAUUGAUUUGUACAGGACCUCCAACAUGGCGGCCAAGACAAUCAACAUGCAAUAUAACUGGUUGGUCAACAGUCUGGUGUACUACGGCCUGUCGCAAAGCACCGGCGAUCUCGGCGUGGACGACUACUGGGCUUUCUUUGUGUCCGGCGCCGUGGAGAUCCCGGCCCUGACGUACGCCGCUUUCGGGGUGGAGCGGUUCGGUCGGAAAUGGAACACCGCGGUGCUGGAGCUUAUUGGUGGCGUCGCUUGCUUGAUAGCCAUCUUUAUUCCCACUGGGAUCUGGCGGACUGCGGUGUCCAUGAUUGGCAAAUUCUGUAUCUCUGCCACGUUUAGCAUAAUAUACCUGUACUCUGGCGAGCUGUUCCCAACACCUAUUAGGGCCAUUGGCAUUGGUAUGUGUUCCGUGUCGUCUCGCAUCGGUGGCAUCAUCUCUCCGCUCGUCCUGCUGUUGGGGCGCAAUGUGCCGUCAAUCGUGUUCGGAUGCAGCGCGAUUGUGGCGGGAAUUCUGGUGUUCUUCUUGCCGGAGACAAAAGGACGCAAACUGCCCCAGACGCUGGAGGAGGCUGAGGCAAUGGGAAAGUGUAACUGUAUGGCCGGGAAUGUCUCCAACGAGUCUGCUAUCGAGCUUGAUGGGGAGGGUUGCGACAAAGAGGGCGUCUCUCCGGUUUCCAUAGAACGCAGCCUUCGACCAAAGAAUGAAGAAAAAUCAGAGCUGUCCGCGUGAAGCCACGGGAGUCUUCACAUACAUAAACCACGAUGUACACUCGCCAUAAACAGAGUCUCUUGCCUGGAUCAAAAAGCUCUGGAGCAUUGUCAUUCCUGAUAUCAAAAUGUUCCCGACGACGUCAGUAAAACAGCCGUUAAUGAAAAGUUUGUUAUACAAACAACAAUGAACGGAGCCUCGGGAAGACGAUUUUGAACAAUCUGGUCGGAGCAUUUCUAACUGAUAACAUUGUUGCUGCAUAAAGUGAAAUUGUCCUUAGCUGCAUCCACUGAGAAUAUCUCAGUGUACAAGCUGGCGGAAAACUCAGGCAGCACUCCAUUAGCCAUACUGCUAUGGUUAAUGGCGUGCAUAAAAUAAUGAAAAAUAGAUUUCUUAAAUAGAUUUUGUAUUCGUGGUCGAGCAUUUAGAGGAGUCCACUGAGGCAACCAUACUGCCAGAUAAACCCAAGACCUUGAUCAAAUCACACGAAGACCUGAAAUGACGAAGGAACUUUGUUUGCAUUUUGACUCUUGCUCCGUCGAAUCUGUUUCUGUGAAGUGUGACAGCAUCUACUUAUAAUAGACCUAUAGAUCAGGAGGCUACCAUGUUUGUCUUGUUCCGUGUAGACCCACCAGCAUUAGUAAUACAACUUCAUGAUAUCGAUUAAAGGGAA